AUGGUGGCGGACUCGAUUGCCCUCGAUGCUAUCAUCAAGGAAGCUGUUGAUCUGGAGAAUGUACCCCUGAAAGAAGUUUUUGACCAUCUGAAAUGCACAAGAGAUGGUUUGAGCUCUGAUGAAGUCCAAGAGCGGUUGGAUUUAUUUGGCUAUAAUAAACUUGAAGAAAAAAAGGAAAGUAAAUUCUUGAAGUUUUUGGGCUUUAUGUGGAAUCCUCUGUCCUGGGUUAUGGAAGCUGCAGCUAUCAUAGCCAUUGCUUUCACACAAGGAGGGUCAAAACCAGCAGAUUACCAUGAUUUUUUUGGCAUCCUGGUCCUCCUCAUUAUCAAUUCUACCAUCAGUUUUAUAGAGGAAAACAAUGCAGGAAAUGCAGCUGCUGCUCUUAUGGCUCGGUUGGCCCCUAAAGCAAAGGUCCUGCGUGAUGGAAAAUGGGCUGAAGAAGAUGCAGCUGUUUUGGUUCCUGGAGACAUAAUUAGCAUCAAACUUGGUGAUAUCGUUCCUGCUGAUGCACGUCUUCUUGAAGGAGAUCCUUUAAAGAUCGAUCAGUCUGCUCUUACUGGAGAAUCACUUCCAGUGACCAAAAAUCCUGGUGACGGGGUUUACUCGGGAUCAACAUGCAAGCAGGGAGAGAUUGAAGCAGUUGUUAUUGCAACUGGAGUUCACACUUUCUUUGGAAAGGCAGCUCAUCUUGUGGAAAACACAACGCAUGUUGGCCAUUUCCAGCAGGUUUUAACAUCAAUUGGAAAUUUCUGCAUUUGUUCAAUUGCUGUGGGGAUGGUGAUUGAAAUCAUAGUAAUAUAUGGAAUUCAUGGGAGGGAAUACCGUGUGGGUAUUGAUAACCUACUUGUCCUCCUAAUUGGUGGGAUCCCUAUUGCUAUGCCAACUGUUCUUUCUGUUACAAUGGCCAUUGGUUCACAUCGUUUGUCUCAGCAGGGUGCCAUAACAAAGAGAAUGACUGCCAUUGAAGAAAUGGCUGGAAUGGAUGUACUAUGCAGUGAUAAAACAGGGACACUGACACUUAACAAGCUUACAGUGGACAAAAACAUGGUUGAGGUUUUCGCGAAAGGUGUUGACAAGGAUCAGGUUAUACUUAUGGCUGCAAGAGCAUCGAGAUUAGAGAAUCAAGAUGCUAUUGAUACUGCAAUUGUUUCAAUGUUGGCAGACCCUAAGGAGGCACGAGCUGGAAUCAGAGAAAUUCACUUCCUUCCAUUCAAUCCUACGGAUAAAAGAACUGCACUUACAUAUAUUGAUGCUGCUGGUAAAAUGCACAGGGUCAGCAAGGGUGCACCAGAGCAGAUUCUUCAUCUGGCACAUAACAAAUCAGAAAUUGAAAAGAAGGUACAUACAAUGAUUGACAAGUUUGCUGAACGUGGACUACGAUCCCUUGGUGUUGCCCGUCAGGAAGUACCUGCUGGAACCAAAGAUAGUCCUGGUGGCCCUUGGGAAUUUGUUGGCCUUCUCCCUCUCUUUGACCCUCCUCGCCAUGAUAGUGCUGAAACAAUCAGAAGAGCUCUGGAUCUUGGUGUCAGUGUUAAAAUGAUCACUGGGGACCAACUUGCAAUUGGUAAGGAAACAGGAAGGAGGCUUGGGAUGGGCACAAACAUGUAUCCCUCUUCAGCUCUGCUUGGUGAAAGUAAGGAUGGGGAUCUUGCUACCAUCCCCAUUGAUGAACUCAUUGAAAAAGCUGACGGUUUUGCUGGCGUCUUUCCUGAGCAUAAAUAUGAGAUUGUGAAGAGAUUACAAGCUAGAAAACAUAUCUGUGGAAUGACUGGUGAUGGAGUGAAUGAUGCCCCUGCCUUAAAGAAAGCUGACAUUGGAAUUGCAGUAGCAGAUUCCACAGAUGCUGCCCGCAGCGCUUCUGAUAUAGUUUUAACAGAACCUGGAUUGAGUGUAAUCAUUAGUGCUGUGUUAACAAGUCGUGCUAUCUUCCAGAGAAUGAAAAACUAUACGAUAUAUGCUGUGUCGAUCACCAUACGAAUUGUGCUCGGUUUUAUGUUGCUGGCUGUCUUCUGGAAAUUCGACUUUCCUCCUUUCAUGGUUCUUGUCAUUGCUGUUCUUAAUGAUGGAACUAUCAUGACCAUAUCGAAAGAUAGGGUCAAACCGUCUCCAUUUCCCGACAGUUGGAAGCUCAGUGAAAUUUUUGUAACUGGAAUUGCUCUUGGUGGUUACCUGGGUCUAACGACUGUUUUGUUCUUCUGGAUAUCCUAUGAAACCAACUUCUUUCCGGAAAAAUUUGGUGUGAGAGACUUCAAUCAACACCAUUUUAAUAUGACAAAUAAGACAGUUGCUGCUAAACUAAACGACCAGAUGUCGUCUGCUCUGUAUCUUCAAAUCAGCACCAUCAGCCAGGCCUUGAUAUUUGUCACUCGCUCCCGGGGUUGGUCUUUCACCGAAAGACCUGGCUUUUUGCUUGUUAUUGCUUUCAUCGUUGCUCAACUGAUUGCAACUGUAAUAUCUGCCACUGCAACCUGGAAAUUUACUAACAUCAGAAGUAUUGGUUGGGGAUGGACUGGUAUAAUUUGGUUGUACAAUAUUAUCAUUUACAUGCUCCUUGAUCCCAUCAAAUUUGCUGUCCGUUAUGCUCUCAGUGGACAGGCAUGGGGUUUGGUAGUAGAUCAAAGAACCGCAUUUACCAGCAAAAACGACUUUGGAAAGGAAGCUCGUGAGGCUGCAUGGGCAACUGAACAGCGAACACUACAUGGACUCCAAUCUGUUGACAGAAAAAUGUUCUCGGAGAGGAACACUUUUAGGGACAUUAAUCUCAUGGCAGAGGAAGCUAAAAGGCGGGCAGAGAUUGCAAGGUUGAGGGAGCUUCACACUCUCAAGGGCAAGGUUGAGUCAUUUGCCAAGCUGAAGGGUAUAGAUAUCGACGCCAUUAACCAACACUACACUGUCUAACUGCUGUGAUCUGGAUAGUGAUCCCAUUCACAUUCUCCUUUAUACAUAAACGUUCUUUCUG